AUGGCAUACUUCGAUCUUGAUGCGAAUCCAACGACUUCAAUCAAAUCAAAAUCGAGUGGAGGCAAAACACCGAUCGAUGUUUCUAAUUUUCGUCCAGUAAACAAAAAACCUAUUGGAAAUGAUUGGGAUGUUAAUCCGGGAGAUAUACUCUCAUGGAGUGAUUAUCGAUCUGGUAAUACUUAUUUUAUUACUGCCCAGCGUCGUCUUCGUAAGAAUCGAGAUACAUCAGGUUCUGGUUAUUUGACUAUUCCUCUUUCGAUAACACGUCUCUUUCCAUCUGCUUUAACUCAUUAUGGUUCACUUCUUGAAGCUGAACCAGAUCUAGUUGCUAUAAUCGAAUUAUCGUCAACGGAUGGGAUUUUCGUCGAGAAAUUCGGAUCACCACUACCAGAAACUAUUCGUAAUAGAAACGAUAUUCUAUAUUUAGUUAAUCCUAUGGAAAAUAUGCUAUAUGUUUCAAUAAAUGGCAAUGAUAGUGGUGGAUUUCCAAUCGAUGAAACAACGACAGAACAAAUCGUCGAGUAUAUCAAUUUAGCCAAUGAGAAAAAAGCAGCAUUCCUUAUUAAGUGUGAAAUAACAGGAAAAGAGACAGUUGAUAAAUGGCCACAUGAUUCAAUUAAGAAUUUGCCUGUUGGAUGGACAUGUGAGCUUAAUGGUGGCUUUGCAUCUGGUUCUGACUUUAUAAAAGGUACAUGGAAAUGUCAAGGACCUGAAUCAAAAAAAGAAGACGCAUACAAAAUUGUGGAAAAAUACUAUGAAGGAUUUGAUGUUCAUAUAACUUGGGAAACCGAUUCAAGUUAA